ACAAUACAGGAGUUCAUAGCCCGGCUAACCCAUGUUCAGCCAAAUGAGAGACCAGACAUCUCGGAAGUACUCGAACUGCUCGGGGAUAUGGAAAUUGAUAUCACAUUCGUGUUGGACGAGUACCACAUCCCUGUCCACAGACAACCCAGCACUGAGGGCACCGGUAGUCUAAAUGAUGUUGAAGUCGACAACAUUAAGAGCACCGAUAUGUUAGUGACGGAUGUCUUAAAUAAAUACAUUAAAAGCCUAAUACAAGCCAUACAUACGUCGGACGAUUCGUAUAUGAAUGGCACCGGUAGUCAAGUACUGACAAUUACUGGAGACAUACCGGUGAUGAAAAAAAUAAGUGAAUUAUACAUUGAAAGUGAUACCAGUGCCGCACAGUUUGAUAAUAUUGAGCUAAUGGGCACUGGUCAGUUUGGUGCCGUAUAUAAAGUCAGGGAUAUCAAGUUGGACACGUAUUAUGCGAUUAAGAAAUAUCCAAUUUUAGAUGAACAACAACUAAACACCAAACUGAUCCAGAUCAAGCUAUGGUCACAAAUGAACCGGGAUUAUUUCAUACAAUACAUCCACCAUUGGUUUGCCUAUGAAGCUGCCAGUCCUACCACAGGACCGGGAGCUCGUAUACUAACCCUUAGCCUACAAAUGGAUUUGUGCUGUCUAUCCCUACGGACAGUAUUGUCUAAAAUGCGCCGACACUUUGCGGCCAAACCUAAACGCCUGUUCCCUAUACUAGGCUUUUAUAUGGCAUCGGAACUCCUACUUGAAAUCCUUGAGUGUGUCCACCACUUGCAUACCUGUGCGCCCCCUAUAAUACACAGCAAUAUAAAACCCACAAACAUUAUGAUCGCACCGACACCUGACGGACGGUUUGUUAAAUUGUCGGACUUUGAGCUGUCGGCCACGAGGGGUCAGUCGCACACGGAUUGGCCCGAAAAGGUAAUGACAUAUAAAUAUAUGGCACCCGAAGUCAUAGGACGGGAACGGUAUGACACGAGGGCUGACAUGUAUAGCGUGGGUGUUGUGGUCCAGGAGUUGUUUAACUUCGAUAUCAACAACUACAGUACUGAGGAAUUCAGUCCAAAAUACAGCAAAAUCUUCGACAUAUGUCUGAGUCUUAUGAAUGGCUUGAGUGGUGUCCGGCCCUCCAGUAUUGACCUCAUAUACAGUCGACAGGAAUGGCAGCAACCGAUGGACAGGGAGGUCAGGGAUUCUAUCGCCGACACUAUAGACUUAAACACUACUUACGAUAUAAACACAGCAUUUGUUGAAUACUUUUUGCAAACCAAAUAUAAAUCCAAUGAUAAGUCUAUGAGAAGUCUGAACACAAUCGCACAGUUAGCUCAGCGCCGGCUGUCUAUGACAGAGGAACCUAUGGAUGAUAUAAUGAGUGGACAGUUAGUCAAACCAAUUGAUACAAUGCCUGAGUUGGGAACACUGGGAGCACUGGUAAUCAAAUCUGUGAAAGACUUAAUCAGUUAUUCAAAUGAAGGACAGUUAGCUAACCCAGAGGUAGACAAUACUACUAAUACAAUAGAUGGAGAGGUAGUUAUUCAGUCCAUCGAUACACCAGAGGAACGAGAUGUCAGCACAUCUAAUGAGUCAAUAGAAAACUCAAUCGAUGGACAGGUAGUCAAUCAAAUGGAUAUUUAUGUGACGGAAGUAAUGAAGGAAAUGGUAGUCAAACCCAUAUCAGAGGCUAUUAUCGAUUCAUUUAAGGAACGGGAUGUCAGUCCACAGAAUGAGCUCACAGUAGACACUGUAGACGGACUGGUAGUCCAAUCACCGGAACAACCAAUAAUGGAAACAAUUGUGGAAAGGGAUGUCAAACCUCUUGAAAGCCUAAUAGUCUACACAUCCGAUGGACAGGUAGUCAUUCCGCGACAAAAGUCAGUUGUAGACGAGACUGACGGACAGGUAGUUAGCCGUCAAGAAGUUCCAAAACGUGUAGCACUGGUGGGCACACAUUGGGUGGGAGUGGAGCCCCCGGAGGGACAGGAGGCUGAGGCACAGGUCGAGGCUUUGAUACAUAAUCUGUUGGAAACUCUGGAGCCGUUGACAGACAUCGAGCCAUACAUCCGACCCAACCAUCUGUUGGAUGCCUUCCGAUUGGAUGACAAGUGUUUGGGCGCCGGCCUAUCGGGACCUGUAGUACGGGGUAUAGACGGCAGCGAUGGCCGGGAAUACGCGAUUAAAAUGCAUUUCAUUGUCGGUAUGUAUUCAUCAAAUCUAUAA